AUGGCGCAUAUCCACGUCGAGUCCAUGCAGACCGCCGUCCCGACGCGCGUCGCGCUGGAGCGCGGGCGGACGCUGCCCAUCGCCGUGACCGGGCUGCCCAUCGCGGCCGCGGAGCUGCAGCACCGGUUCCGCGCGGUGCUUUACUACCGCGACCGGCUGGAGGGCGAGGCGAUGGCGCAGCUGGAGCAGGCCGCGUGGGUGCAGGACUCUCUCAGCGAGGCGCUGGCCGACCACCCGAAGAUGGCCGGGCGGCUGUGGCGGCGGCACGCUGGCGGCGGCGAAGGGCCGUGGGAUUGGGACGUAAAGCUCUGCGACGCCGGCGUGCGGCUGCUCAUGGCGUCGAUGGACACGACCUUGACCGCGUUCCUGGAGAUGGAGGACCGCGAGAGUAAGGAGCCGGCGCUGGCGCUCUGGACGGACGUGGAGGCCAAGGACCCCGAGAAGUGUUCCCCUUUCGUCAUGCAGUUGACGCGGUUCCAGGGCGGCGGCUACGCCAUCGGCGCGUGCUGCAGCCUGCUCCACACCGACCCGCUGUCUUUCAUCAACUUCCUCAAGUCGUGGGCGCGGACGCACGCGCAGCUACGGGCGCAGAACAAGCUCGUUCCCAACCAGAUGAUAAAGUACACGCGCUACUUCCGGAACCCAGGCACAACCACGAGGAGCCUGCUUCAGACCAUAAAUUGCCUUGGACAGACGACAGAGAUGAUCAGGGACAUCGGCGAUGCGCCAGGCCGCCGCGCACUAGCCGAGGCGUGCGUCGCGCAGGCCAGCGAGAAGCUGGGGGUUGAGAAGCCGACGCGGUUCACGGUUCUCGCCGGCGAUGGCCUGGGAGGGCUGAACGUCCUGCGCUCCUGCGCGGGGUGUGACGGGGAGACGACGACGACGCCGCCGCCUCCGGGUCACCUGCUUCGGGACGCGUGCUGGCAAGAAGCCGGUCUCGAGGAGGCCAUGCUGGAUGGGUACAAGCCCGUGCACGUCUCGUGCAGCAUCGUCUCGCCGGGUGCCGAGGAGGGCAUUGUCGUCGUGAUGCAGGCAGGGGCCGGCGCCGAGCUCUUGAUCAGUGCGACUGUUCCGAGCAGGAAGUGA